GUUGCAGGCGGUGCGGGGCAAGCUUUCGCUGGCCGCUCCGGAGCGGGGAGAGUUUUCGGGGCCGUGGACGAGCGGGCGUCUUCAGAUCGGCCGCCAGGGCCGCUUUACCGGCCGCUUUUAUGGCUCGGAGUUGGGGGAUUGGAGGGAGCCUAGCGAGGGCAGGGGUUAAGAAGCCCUCCGUUACGUUCCUUAGUGCAGAGCUGGGGGAACUAGCUUCGCUUUCACACCCCUGCCGGUGCGGGUCACGGUCAGCCUGCCCGUCCUGUGACAGACCUUGUGCCUAGGAGCGUUGCAGGGGAAACUGAAGAAGUGACCCAUAAACCGAGACCUAAAGCAUGAUGGGAGGCAGGAGUAUUUUAAGCAGGGGCUCUGGGGUUAAGUCCCGGAGGUCUGCGUUAGGAGUACCGCAGACAAGAUAAAGGGAAGGGUAGGAGUUGGGAGGCCAUGGUGUCGAGCUUUUGUAUUCUUGUGUAACGGGAAGCAUUGUUCUUUGUGUUCCUAUGCGUAUAAAACGUUGAAGGGUAGUUAGAAAAAAGCGGGAGGUGGCUCGUGACAGGCCUUGAUUCUCAAGAAAAAAAAAGUGCUUAGUUUGCAAGUUUGGUAAGGAGAAUCUUGAUGGGUUUGUACUGAGUAUUGGUAGUGGAGAUAAAGUGUUUUCUAAGGGGAUUGCAGGAUAACUUACUGAUCGGUUCAAGAUGACUGACGCACAAAGAAGUAAAUAUCAGAUGCAAUGCUCAGGUUCUCUUGAGCAGUAAAGUAGAUGACACCCCGUUGGCUACGAAUUGCUAUGAUGGAAGUCAAAGAGAAGAAAAAACUCACAGGGAAGAGUCCAAAAACAGCACAAGGAAAGACUAGAUUUCAUAAAAACAGUGAGUCUAAUUCUUCAAAAACAUUCCCAAGGAAAGUUGUUAAGGAAGGUGGGCCUAAAGUCGCAUCUAAGAACUUUGAGAAAGGUGCCACAAAACCUGGCAAAAAGGGUGUGAAGCAGUUCAAGAACAAGCCACCAGGGGGCAAAGGACCGAAGGACAAAUUCCAGAAGCCAAAUAAAUUCAACAAGAAGAGGAAAUUCCAGCCAGAUGGUAAAAGUGAUGAAUCAGCAGCCAAGAAACCCAAAUGGGAUGACUUCAAAAAGCAGAAGAAGGAGCUGAAGCAGAGCAGGCAGCUCAGUGAUAGGACCAACUAUGACAUCGUGGUUCGGGCAAAGCACAUUUGGGAGAGCUUGAGAAGAAAAGACUGUGACAAAGAAAAGAGAGUGAAGCUAAUGAGUGAUUUGCAGAAGUUGAUUCAAGGGAAAAUUAAAACUAUUGCCUUUGCCCAUGACUCAACACGUGUGAUCCAGUGCUUCAUUCAGUAUGGGAAUGAAGAGCAGAGGAGGCAGGCCUUUGAAGAACUGCAAGGUGACCUGGUUGAACUAAGUAAAGCCAAAUAUUCGAGGAAUAUUGUCAAGAAAUUUCUCAUGUAUGGAAGUAAACCGCAGAUAGCAGAGAUCAUCCGAAGCUUUAAAGGUCACGUGAGGAAGAUGCUGCGGCACUCAGAGGCGUCGGCCAUCGUGGAGUAUGCGUACAAUGACAAAGCCAUUUUGGAACAGAGGAACAUGCUGACAGAGGAGCUCUAUGGGAACACGUUUCAGCUAUACAAGUCUGCAGAUCACCCCACUCUGGACAAAGUGCUGGAGGUGCAGCCGGGAAAACUAGAGCUUAUUAUGGAUGAAAUGAAACAGAUUCUGACUCCGAUGGCCCAGAAGGAAGCUGUGAUUAAGCACUCGCUAGUUCAUAAAGUAUUCUUGGACUUUUUUACCUAUGCACCCCCAAAACUUCGAUCCGAAUUAAUUGAAGCCAUCCGGGAAGCAGUGGUAUACCUGGCCCACACACACGAUGGCGCCAGAGUGGCCAUGCACUGCCUGUGGCAUGGUACCCCCAAGGACAGGAAAGUGAUCGUGAAAACAAUGAAGACAUACGUUGAAAAGGUGGCCAAUGGCCAGUACUCUCAUUUGGUUUUGCUGGCAGCGUUUGACUGUAUUGAUGACACUAAGCUUGUGAAGCAGAUAAUCAUAUCAGAAAUCAUCAGCUCCCUACCCAGCAUAGUGAAUGACAAAUACGGGAGGAAAGUCCUGUUGUACUUGCUGAGUCCCAGAGAUCCUGCCCACACGGUACGAGAAAUCAUCGAGCUUCUGCAGAAGGGUGACGGCAAUGCGCACAGUAAGAAAGACACCGCCAUCCGCCGGCGUGAGCUCUUGGAAUCCAUCUCUCCCGCUUUGCUAAACCACCUGCAAGGGCAUGCUCGAGAGCUGGUGCUGGACAAGUCUGCAUGUGUGUUGGUAUCCGACAUCCUGGGGUCUGCUACUGGAGAUGUUCAGCCUGCCAUGGAUGCCAUCGCCAGUUUGGCCACAGCAGAACUGCAUCCUGGUGGCAAGGAUGGAGAGCUUCACGUUGCCGAGCAUCCUGCAGGACAUCUGGUUCUCAAAUGGUUAAUAGAGCAAGAUAAAAAGAUGAAGGAAAAUGGGAGAGAAGGUUGUUUUGCAAAAACCCUUAUAGAGCAUGUUGGCAUGAAGAACCUCAAGUCCUGGGCCAGCAUCAAUCGGGGUGCCAUUAUUCUUUCCAGCCUUCUUCAGAGCUGUGACCAGGAAGUUGUAAACAAAGUCAAAGCUGGACUGAAAAGCCUGAUUCCGACAUUGGAAAAAACCAAAAGCACCAGCAGAGGAGUCGAAACUCUACUGGAAAAACUGACUGCGUAGGCAUGCAGGAUGAGCUAGCUGGAACCUGCUUCCCGUGGAGAUGAAGGGCGGAUCCACCGUACUCAUAACUGGACACUCUAUACAUGUAGCCUUUGUUCAAGGACCUAUUUAUAUAAAAUUGUUUCUAAAAGAGACUUUCUGUUUAAUGCCAACCGUCUCAUCUGUCAGGCCGAGUACUGCACAGGUCGCAGUGUGGCAUCCGACUGAUGUGAUGGGCCUGGGUGUGUGUGUGGUUGAAUGCCUUGAUUUAGGAAAGGAGACAGCUGCAGUCUGAGAAGACUUCCUGGAGAAGGUGGGCUUUCAUGGACUAUUAUGACAGAAGAAGGAAGGGCGUGAGAAAUCCACGUGGAAUGUGUAGUGGGAGCAGUAAAGUGACCUGCCCUUGGUGGCAGCCUAUGGUGGGGACAGCUGCUCUGGUCAGUUCAGCACAUGCGAGAGGAGUUAGGAGAUCCUAGGUCAUGGCUAAGGUUAAGGUUGCUAGGAAAGUCUUAUCUCUGGGUUUGGGCCUUCAGAGUAAAUAUACCUUGUGAUGGGGCAUUCUCCUUGGGACAGCCCCUAAAAUAAUCAUAGCCCUUAGGGUGAGUAAAAAGGGCUAAAGUGUUAGAGUAUAGAGGUUUGAGUACAGGUGGGGUGUUUAGAUUUUAAAAGUACAGGUAGCUCUCAGCAGCGAAGCUAGAGAAGGUCUGUAGACCACCUGGGCUCACGUAGCAGCCUUUUUCAGUACAGAGCCUGUCUUUCCUCCAGAUGUCUGAUGGGAUGAGACACCCGUCUGGUCUGUGAGUAGUUACGUCCUGUGGGGAAUUGGCUGUGCCUUACCUGCCCUGACUUCAAGGUCCCAGGACUACUACUGUGGCUUCUGGGACUCGUCUGCUGGUGACACCUGUCUCUAUUGGUUGGAUUCUCAGGGCAGCUGAGCAUGGAGUGAGGUGGUAAAUGGAGAAAAGACAAUUCGAUUUUGCUGCUGUGUGGUGAAUGUUAUCAUUAUUUGAGGUUGAGUUCUCUAUAGAAAGGACCAUUCAGAGAGAUGAGAGACAGGGUGCUACACGUUCAUCCUUAAAAGUGAAAAAAUAAGCAUGUAUGUAAUUUGCAAGAACACUUUUGUGCAGCUUGGAACAAAGCAGCCAUCUCCCAAACCCCUGACUCACGCUUUCCCUAAUGACUUGCAUUCUUAGCUCUGGCAGAUUCUAAAUAUGUUUUCUAUUAUGUACUUGAAUAUAUACAUUUUCUAUACUUGAGACUUCAUACUGCAGAAAAUACAUGCUGUGAAUGUCACCGUUCUUCCUCCUCUUUCCUCACCCUAGUACAGCUGCAUCUGUUAAAAGGGUUCUACAUAAAUCGUUGAAUUGAA